AUGGGUGGGGUCCCGCGCUGGCCGGCCCGCCUCCUGGGGCUGUUGGGUCUGGCGCUGUUGGCAGCGGCCUGGCGACAGGUGCCGCCCGUUUUUAUGGACAACGCCAACCCCGUCCCUAAUCAACGAGCAUGGAUCGAGCGCAGUGGUUGCGGCUUCACCGUCCUUACCAGCAAGGUCUUACGUAUUCAGUGCGGCAAUGUUGACCGCAAUGUGGAUGGACAAUCGGCCAGCAUGGCUUUUAUCAACCGACGCUUGCCUUUGCCCGAGUACAAGAUGCUCAUCGACGAUGAUUAUCUCAUGGUCACAACCACAGACUUCAACCUCACCUGGCCCAGUCGUGACCCAGCAGACAUUGCCGUCACUGCACUGCAAACCAACUAUACCUGGCACUACGAAACCAAUGCGACUGGUAACCUUGGCGGAACCAUCUCCUCCUUCAACGAGGUCUCUCCCGACGAAGCAGGACACCUGGCGCUGUCCAAUGGCCUCUUGUCGCGCGAUGGCAUUGCCGUCUUCAACGACACGGCCACGCCCCACUUCGAUCCGCGUUUCUCCUUUGCAGGCCAGCCCUGGAUCAGCCCACGCAAUGACACGGGCUUCACGGACUACUAUGUCUUUGCUUGUGGUCAUGAUUACACUGGCUGCUUGGCUGAUUUUGUCCAGCUGUCCGGCAGCAUUCCAUUGCCUCCCGUCCAGCUCUUUGGCGUUUGGUGGUCCCAUUAUGAACCGUACAGUCAACAGUCCCUCUUUGACACCGUUCUCCAGCCCUUUGCCAACUAUAGCCUCCCCCUCAAUUCGUUGAGCCUGGAUGUCAACUGGCACAAUAAUGAUACUCCCAGCCCCUGCAAUGGAUUUAACGGCUAUGACUACAACGCGACGUUGUUCCCUGAUCCCAGCUCAUUUUAUGAAGCAGUGCUGGACGGUACUACCCCUGCUGGAACGCCCAUGAAGCUCUUCCUCAACAGUCAUAACUUUCUUGGCGUUGACGCUUGCCAGAGCAUGUAUCACCAGUACGCAGAGGCAGUGGGCUUUAACACCAGCACCAAUGCCACCAUUCCAAUGAACGUGACGAAUUUGGAGCUGAUGCAGCCUUUUUUUGAGCUCGUACUGCCCUCGGUCAACACUUCUUACUGCAUCAUUUUAUCGGCUCCAACGAUGAUAAUGUCACUCUUCUGUGUGUGUGUGUGUGUGUGUGUGUGUGUGUGUGUGUGUGUGUGUGUGUGUGUGUGUGUGUGUGUGUGUGUGUGUGUGUGUGUGUGUGUGUGUGCCUUUGCUCUGACUGUCAACUGCGGCGUGGCAUUUAGGUGGAUGGAUGGGGCGGUGGCGCGUUGGGGCGUGGGGGAGCAUGAUAACGCUUGGAACAUGUUUUGGAGCACGCACAUGCAUGAUGCGGCACAGCGUGUGCUUGGCAAGCGACCCGCCGUGCUUGCUCGCAACGGGGGUCUGGGCCAGCAGCGUUACCCCAUUGGCUUUAGUGGUGAUGCCGUUUCCUCGUGGCAGACGCUUCGUGCUGAGGUUCAAAUGACGCACACAGCGUCCAACGUGGGCUUUGCCUACUGGUCACACGACAUUGGGGGUUUCAAGACACCCGAUCCGAGUGCUGAGUUGUAUCUGCGCUGGACCCAGUUUGGCGCAGUGGCCCCUCUGUUUCGGUCUCAUGGAACCAAAGGGUCUGAGCGCCGAUACUGGAAGUAUGAGCACUUUGAUCUGAUGAAGCAAGCUCUACAGCUGCGAGCGGCGCAGUCUCGCUACAUCUACACCUAUGCUCGCGUUGCGUUUGAUUACGGUGUUGGCCCGCUGCGACCCUGUUACUAUUCCUGGCCAGAGGAGGAUGGCGCUUAUAGCCACGACAUGCAAUAUUUGCUGGGCGAUAGCCUCCUUGUGCGUCCCGUUGAAACGCCGGUGGACAAUGCCACCCAGACAGCCAACAUCUCUCUCUGGGUGCCUCCAGGCGAAUGGUUUGACUGGGAGAGCAAUGCCACCCUCCUGGGCCCCAAGACCUUGGCUACGCAGGUUCCCCUGCAGACGCUGCCGCGCCUUGAUGCUGGAUUUGACAACGAGUAUAUUCACCAAGACAGCACUGAGUGGAGCAUCAAGGCCAACAUGGACGCAGAGUUUGUGGGCGAGAGUCUGAUGGUCAAUGUGACGGUGCAGGACAUGGCUCAGCCGGACUUGGCACAGCGACAACAUAGCGUAUCACUGCGCGGUGCUGCCGCCUUCCGUCUGCCCAAGCAAGUCACUUGCAAUGGACAAGUUCUGAAUCAAGAUGCCAGCCCAGGGUGGCAGGUGACCUCGCAGAGCAGCUUGGUGACACCGGCACAGAUUGUUGUCGUGACCUGUCCUUGGACCUCCACGUCCGAGACUGUGGUCAUUUCGGCCUUGUUCGAAGCAUAAAACAGUCAUGCCAGACGUCUUGCUCUACCUUUAUUUUUUUUUCUUUUUUCUUCUUCUCUGCCUUUCCGUUGGGUUCGCCCUAGAUGAUGUACCAGCGUAGUGUGGUGCCACCCCCCCUCGUUCCCAAUGGCCAAACUUCAGCUCUUGCC